AUGACAGACACCAAAGAGGAAAAGCUGGCCGCCGUCGACUACGGCCUCGGCGAUCUGCACGAUGACUUAGCCUUGUUGCGUCGGAUCGACUGGCGCAUCCUGCCGACCAUGUUCUUGACCUACUUGCUGCAGUUUCUGGACAAGGUGGCUUUGAAUUAUGCCAACGUGAUGGGGAUGCAGGAUGAUCUCGGGAUGCAGGGCAAUGACUUCUCCUGGCUGGCUACGGGGUUCUUCAUCGCUUAUGCCGUUGCUGAGAUACCUCAGGGCUUCCUGCUGCAACGAUACCCGGUUACCAAGGUUCUCGGAGUCAAUAUUCUCUGCUGGGGAGUGCUCUUGUGCUGCUCGGCUGCGGCGCAGAAUUUCGCCGGGAUGAUGUCGCUGAGAGUGCUUCUCGGUGCGCUGGAGGCGGUCAUCGCCCCCGCCCUGACUAUGUAUACCAGCAUGUGGUACACGCGAGCCGAGUCGACCCCGCGAUAUGGCCUCUGGUACUGCGGUCUGGGCACCGGCCAGAUAGUAGGCGGGCUGAUCUCCUUCGCGGCGCAGCAUACCUCGCCCACGCUCGCCUUUCAUGGGUGGCGGAUCAUGUUCGUGGCCAUUGGGGGAGUGAACAUCCUCGCGGCGCUGCUGGUCCUCCUCGUACUCCCGGCCACUCCGGCGGCAGCGGGGUUCCUGAGCCCCAGCGACAAGGACCGUGUGGCGCAGCGGCUGCAGCAGGAGCAGGCCGGUGGUACAGAGGGUGAGAAGGGCUUGCACCCGAGUUCGUUCCUGGAAGCAUUCGGAGAUUUGCAAACGGCCCUGCUCGUCCUCCUGACCAUCCUGAUCACCAUCCCAGCGGCCGCCCUGCUGAACAUGCCCUCCGGGGUGAUCAGCAUUGUGGCGACCAUGGGAUCGACCCUGGCUAUUGCCCGAGGCUACUCCCGGUGGCUGGCGAUCAACCUCCUCCUGCUGCCCACCUUGCUGGGCGCGUGUUUGAUGUCUUUCCUGCCAUCUUCAAAUCAGGCCGGUUGUCUGGCGGGUAUAUAUCUGGUGAACACGACCGUCGCGCCGCUAGCUCUGAUUUUCGCAUGGACCGGUGCGAACUACAAGGGCUACAGUAUGAAGGUGGCGGGGAGUACACUCGUCUCGGCCGGGUUCAGCAUCGCCAACAUCAUCGGCCCGCAGACCUUUCAAGCCCGCGACGCUCCAGGGUACAUUCCCGCCAAGAUCACGAUCGUCGCCGUCAAUGCCGGUGCCAUUGUCAUUUCCACCACGCUGCGGGUGGUGUACGGCCGUCGGAACGCGCGGGCAGAGCGAAUGGGUCAGGCUGCCGGCAGUCACAUUGAGCGACAUCCUAAGCCUUCUACAAUCCAAAUGCUCACCCUAGUCACCGGAGCCAACGGCUUCAUCGCCGCGCACUGCAUCGCCGCCCUGCUGCGCGCCGGCCACUCCGUCCGUGGCACAGUGCGCACCCCCGAGAAAGCCAGUGCCACUGUAGCUGCCUUGCUCGCCGCCGGGGUCGCCUCGCUGGACUGCCUGGAAAUCGUCGUGGUCGCCGAUCCCACCGACCUGCAGCAAUUCGCUCCCGCGGUGGCAGGCUGCGACGCCAUCCUACACCUCGCCUCGGCCUUCACCUACGACGCGCAACCGGGGCAAUUCGAGCAGCGACUCCUACUCCCUGCAAUCCAGGGCACGACCGUUGCGUGUGAGGCGGCACACCGUUGUCCGACCGUACGGAAGUUAGUUAUCAUGUCCUCGUUCGCGGCCGUCUACGACGCGGCGCAGGGCUUGCAGCCUGGACGGGUGUAUACGGAGGAGGACUGGAGUCCGUUAGGGUAUGAGGAGGGGCGGGACACGGACAAUGUGGCCAUCGCAUACCGCGCAUCCAAGGUCCUCGCCGAACGGGCCGCCUGGAAAUACAUCAAAGAGCAUGCGGUAGACUUCCAGCUGGUGACGCUCUGUCCAGGAAUGGUAUUCGGAGAGAUGAUCCAUCCGAUCGCCUCGCUGGCGCAGCUGAACGCCAGUAAUCGGAUCGUCUGGGAGGUGGCGCAGGGGGGACGAGAUGCACUCCCGCCAACCAAGGCUCCGGUCUGGGUAGAUGUGCAGGACCUGGCUGGAAUUUGUCUCCGCGCGUUGACGACAGCCCUCCCCUCGCACCAACGGUUUCUGGUCACCGAAGGCGCGUACGACACGCAGGAGAUCGCGGAUGUGCUGCGCGAGGCCAUUCCCGCCGCCCGAGAGCGAAUGGCGCUGGGGAGUCCGGGGCACCGGAUACGAGACACCCAUUACGCUUGCGAUGCUAGGAAGGUGAAGCAGAUGCUCGGGGUCCAGCUUAGGGGUUUGCGCGAGUCGAUUGUUCCUUUGGUUGAGCAAUUGUAUGCGAUGGAAGCUGCUCAGGGGGAUUUGGAACCAUAG